CACCCGGUAUAAUUUGCACUUAAGUCAAUCGCUUUGUUUCGGUUUGAAAGGGAAACCACCGUAGUCACUCUGAUUGUGUUCAUUAAAGGCAGAUGAGCGCUGGCGCAGCUGCACUGUAGCCUACCUGCAUUUGUUACCAUAGGUGUGCAGGGACACACAUUAUCUUCACCAAACGUCUAUUGGCUCUUCUUCGAAAAUACAUUUGCAUUCCGAGUCAAUACGCUUACCUAAAAUACACCAGUGACACAAAAGGAAACAGUGAUGAUUUGAUCGCUGCCCAUUUAAUUUCAUGAGGAUGGGAAUUGCGCACUAUUGGCCAGCUUGGACGGACUGAUCCCACCAAACUGUCACUGAACGUCUGGAAGUUGUCUUCACGCUCACACACCUGAAAACCUCUUCAGAUCCUGAACGCCUCGUCCCCGGUUGAUGCCGAGGAUCAUGACCAUGAACGGUGACCACCAGUCGGUUGCCACAGCGCCACUGGAUUUGCGCACCACUAACCGAGAGCGUGGGAGCGCCGGGUCGAGGACUGGGGACUGCAAAGGUCGAGUCAGGGACUCUCGGAUGACGGGCGGCUCACCUGCACUCUCUGCGUACACGGCAGCGGACAGCUGCCCCGCCGUCACACCGGGUACACCGGGCACACAGGGCUCAGAAACCGGUGCUUCUCGCAAACGAGCAGCAGACACAUCUUCCUCUAGGCUUCCUUUUAGGAAACGCCCGAUUCCUGUCGAGCCGGAGACCCAGAGGCAGUCACCGGCUCUGUCACAGAGUGCAGACCGCGUUUCCCCUGCGGUAGAUGCGGACUUCACGCCUCGGGAAACUUUUGCCGGUCGAGCCGCGGAUGAAAGCAGGAUCGGCGCAGCACCGGUGACUCCCAGGCGGGAUGAAGAGGCACGGCAGAGUCCAAAUGGAUAUCCAAUACGCUUUUUGCGCCCGUUUGAUUACAGUCCCUACCCACUGUACUGUUUGCCCCCUGUCCCAGAGCCGAGCCACCCUCUGGUCCACCAAACCGAAAACCUGCUGGCUGGUAUCGCUCUGGCAACACGUCAAGAUGAAGAUGGAGACACAGCUCUCCAUAUAGCUGUGGUGCAGGGGGAGUUGGGCAUCGUCUACAAACUAAUUCAACUCCUGCUGUGGGCUCGCAGAGGCCUUGAUAUAUACAACAACCUCCGUCAGACUCCCCUUCAUCUGGCAGUGAUAACCCAGCAGGCAAACAUGGUGGAGGUUUUGCUGAGAGAGGGGGCCGACCCCACUGCCUUGGACCGUAACGGCCAAACAGCAAUCCACCUCUGCUGCGAAUACAACCAGCGUGACUGUCUGUCUGUUGUGCUCUCUCACUCCUCUUCCUCCACAUGCCUGGAGAUAAGAAACUACGAGGGUUGGAGCCCUCUCCAUUUGGCUGUGCUGCGUGGUCACAAAGAUUUGUCCAGAAUGCUGCUGGAUGCAGGUGCCGACAUCAAUGCUAUGGACAUCAAAAGUGGACAGAGUCCUCUCAUGCAUGCAGUGGAGAGCAAUAACGCAGACAUGGUCCACUUCCUCAUUGAGAGUGGCUGUGAUGUCAACAGCCAGUCAUACAGUGGGAACACAGCCCUGCACAGCGCCUGUGGCCGAGGUCAGGUGGACACAGUGCGGCUGCUGCUGAAGAGUGGGGCUGACAGCAGCCUCAAGAACUACCAUAACGACACCCCUGUCAUGGUGGCCAAGAACAAGAAAAUAACAGAUGUGUUAAGAGGGAGAGGAUCCAACCAGAUAAGAGUUCAAGAUCAGCACUGUGUGUCUGUCUCACCACAUGGGAGCAACUUAACAGAAAAUGGGUCUCCAUCUCCCAACCACAGUCGUGGAUGUUCGCCUGCGACUACACCACACACACCUCAUCAUAGCACCUCCCACUCUCCAAAGACUCCAUCUGGGCUUCUUUUUUACUAACUCAAACUUGUUGUCCAGUGCAACUCGCAACUACCUCCACACAUCCAACCAACAAAGAGACAUAAGUGCCUAAAAGGACUUCCACAUGAAGUUUUUCAGUUUCUGCACCUGAAAUUAGAUUUCUCUACAAGCUGGCCUUGUUUUUCUGGAGUCCAUGACAAAAGACAAUCAUCAUUGGUGUCCCUCCUGAUGCCUGGACUGAAACCCUACAACCUCCCUGCUCAUCCAGCUGCUGUUGUGUGCAAUCCCCUAAUCCUGCUGCAGUGAUCACCAGGAUUUUUCCACAUGCUGCAACAGAAAUGUGCCACUGCCUGCCAAUCAAGAACAAUGAACAAUCAAUGUUCAAUCAACUGUUAUUGUUUCUCUUGUUUUUUUUGGGGGGGGGGGGGGCUUUCAUUGCCUUUAAUCGAUUGCGACAGCUGUAGAGUGACAGGAAAGGGGGGAGUGAGAAGCAAUAACAUGCAGCAAGGGGCCACAGGUCGGAUCCAAACUCAUGGCCGCUGCAGAAAGGACUAAGCCUUGGUACAUGGGGUGCUAGCUCUACCAGGUGAGCUACCACAAAGAACUGUUUUGAGAUGUCUGUAAAGGACGGACAGAGAGCUAAGCUCAGUGAGCUCAGAGUCCAUUUUCAAAAGUAUUUUGGCCUUUACAUUUUGGUAGAAGACAACAGAGAGAUGGUAGUAACAAAGGGAGAGACAGAGAUAAAGAGACAUGAGGGAUUACAUGAAACAAAUGUUCUCACUCUGACUCAACACCCUUUUUUAAAAUUGAAUUGAGUCUGCUUACUGUAAGGCUUGACAAUGUAACUUGACCUGCUUAAUGUAGACCUUUUUCACAGCAGCCAUUUUGACAUGAAAGUGUGCAGUAAAAACAGGUGUUACCAGUGAUGCUAAUAAAGGUUAUGUUCUAUUCAGGUCAGAGUCAGGCUGCUGCUGUUGUGUAUGUUGGCUCACUGGAAAGGCUCUCCACACAUGCCUGUGUGUUUAUUUUAUCAUUUUAUCAGUGUCAAUAGUUGUAGAUAUUUUUAUAUAUAUAUAUGUGUGUAUAAAAAAACGUGUCCAACAGA